AUGGGCGGUGCGAGUAGAGGCGAGGAUCCCCCUUAUUAUCAGUAGGGGAUAAAAUAGUGAAAUCGCCUGGCAUCUUCGCGGAGCAUUGUUUUUAUUGUAUUGUUCCAGCGACAAGUUGGAGGUGAGUCCAGGAUGAACGGCGAUUCAGGCGCAGGGGUGGUGACGGCCCCCCCACCCACGGCCCCCCACAAGGAGCGCUACUUCGACCGGGUGGACGAGAGCAGCCCUGAGUACCAGCGGGAGAGGAACAUGGCCCCAGACCUGAGGCAGGACUUCAACAUGAUGGAGCAGCGCAAGAGGGUCUCCAUGAUCCUGCAGAGUCCGGCGUUCUGCGAUGAGCUGGAGACCAUGAUCCAGGACCAGAUGAAGACGGGCAAGACCCCCACCAGCCUGCUGGCCCUGCAGCAGAUCGCCGACUUCAUGACCACCAGCAUGCCCUCCAUGUACCCCGCGGCCCCCCAGGGAGGCAUGGCCGCGCUUAACAUGAGCCUGGGCAUGGUGACCCCGGUGAACGACCUCCGGGGCUCUGACUCCAUCUCAUAUGACAAGGGCGAGAAGCUGCUGCGCUGCAAGCUGGCCGCCUUCUACCGGCUCACCGACCUGUUCAACUGGUCCCAGCUCAUCUACAACCACCUCACAGUCAGGGUCAACUCGGACCAGGACAACUUUCUGAUUGUCCCCUUUGGGCUUCUGUACAGUGAAGUCACUGCUUCCAGUCUGGUGAAGGUGAACGUGCAGGGGGAGAUCGUGGACCGGGGGAGCACCAACCUGGGCGUCAACCAGGCCGGCUUCACGCUGCACUCGGCCAUCUACUCCUCCAGACCCGACAUCAAGUGCAUCGUGCACAUCCACAGCUCAGCGGGCGCCGCGGUGUCGGCCAUGAAGUGCGGCCUGCUGCCCAUCUCCCCGGAGGCCCUGUCCCUGGGCGAGGUGGCCUACCACGACUACCACGGCAUCCUGGUGGACCAGGACGAGAGCGUCCUCAUCCAGAAGAACCUGGGGCCCACCAGCAAGGUGCUGAUCCUGAGGAACCAUGGCCUGGUGGCCGUAGGGGAGACGGUGGAAGAGGCUUUCUACUACAUCCACAACCUGAUCACCGCCUGUGAGAUCCAGGUGCGGACCCUGGCCAGCGCUGGGGGUCCAGACAAUCUGGUGAUGCUGGACCCGGGGAAGUACAAGCAGCGGCCGCGCGUCCCAGAGACGCCGGGCGACGGGACCUCCACGCACCCCAAGUGGCAGGUCGGGGAGCAGGAGUUUGAGGCCCUCAUGAGGAUGCUGGACAACCUGGGCUACCGGACCGGCUACCCCUACCGCUGCCCCGCCCUGCAGGGCAAGGGCAAAAAGUACAGCGAUGCCACCGAGCUGCCUCCCCACGCCCACUCCCACGCGGGCUCCUACUCCUACGGGGAGGACAGUGACUCAGGCACGCGCUCCCCGCUGAAGCACAGCUUCCAGCGUGGCCAGCGGCCCGCCGCCCCCCCGCUGAGCGAGGAAGGGGCCGACAGCGCCAGCAGCCCCAAGGCGAAGGCUAAGUGGACAAAGGAGGAGGGGCAGCGCCAGGCGGCGGUAGCCAAUCAGUUCAUCCCCAUGAACACCAACUCUAAGGACGUCCUGGAGAUGAGGAACAAGAUUCGAGACCAGAACCUGCAGGACAUCAAGACCGCCGGGCCCCAGUCCCAGGUCCUGUGUGCCGGCUCGGUGACUGAGCGCACCUUCACCCAGGGGGAGCUGGUGACGGCCUCCAAAGCCAUCAUCGAGAAGGAGUACCAGCCAAGGGUCGUCAUCAACAAGCAGGGCCCCAACCCCUUCAACCGGCUCACGGACCAGGAGCUGGACGCCUACCGCAAGGAGGUGGAGCUCAAGCAGAAAGGCCCCGAAGACGAAGAGCACCCCGCUGAGGAAGAGGAGGAGGCCAAGCAACCGGACCCCACCUGCACUCCACCCAGCACCCCGGUCCGAGCGGAGGAAGAAGGAGAUGGAAAAGCAAAAGAGUACCUGUUACCAUAAGUCCCUCCCGGAUCCCACCUCCAAGGACGAGAGCGACGGCGCCACCCUCCGACAGACCCUGCCCGACCUGACCCCGGACGACCCCUCCGACGCCGCCCCCGCACUCCCGGAAGCCGAAGACUCCGCCCCCGCCCCGGUUGCCACAGAAACGGUGGCUGCGCCGGAGGAGGAGGCGGCGACGGAUGCGGUAGUGACGGAUGCGGUAGUGACGGAUGCGGUAGUGACGGAUGCGGCGGCGGCGGAAGGGGAGGAGCCCGGCGAGGAGGACGGCGACGAGUCCCCCAGCAAAUCUCCCUCCAAAAAGAAGAAGAAGUUCCGCACUCCGUCCUUCCUGAAGAAGAACAAAAAGAAGGCAGAGGCCUAGAGGAGGAGAGCGAUAGGUCUGUCAUGAGGGGGGGGAAGUCUGGCUUACAUCUCUUUUAUUUUAUAUAUAUAAAUAUAAUAUUUUUCGUCCUCUGCCAUUUCACCCACUGCGAAAAAAAGCCACUCACAAACUUGGAGUCUGUUAUUUUCAACGUUUUGAUAUUAGAUUCAUCAUUGGCUUAUUAACCUGCGCCUCCUUGUUAGAGUGUGCCAAUUUUUUAUACAGCAUCAAGCAACAGGUUGGGCGGCUUUAGAAAUGUUUGGAACUUUUAGUGGCUUCUUAGGUCAGAGUGAUUUAAUCACUAAUUUUGUUUUUGCCUCUGCAUUUUAUUUUUGUGCACGUGUAACUCCACAUGUUCGCACACUGGAUGUGUGUGAACAUGUUGACUUCAGGCUUUUAUUGUCCUGCCUUUAACAUGUUGCUCUGUUUUUACUGAUAUGAACUGGGAUUGUAACAAAGGACUUUUGAGUCUUCUGAGUAUAAAAAUGCAAAAAGAAUAGCCUGAAAGCCUGUUUCCUCUUACUGGUUCCAAAGUGGAAAACUACAACUCCUAAACCCGCUUGAUACAAGAUACAAGCAACAAAGUCGGCCAUCUUGUGUUGAGAAAAUUAUAUGCUUAAUCCAUAGUCAAAAUAAAAUCUGAUUUCUAUCUUCUAUUGCAAUAACCCAUUCAUAACCUAGUUCCCACUGCUCCAUUUUUUUCAAACCAACCUAUGAAGAUGUUUUUCAAAUUGAUAGAGCAGUAUGCUUCGCUGUAGGAUAACUAUAUGAGCUUUAACUUGCGUUGCUAUGCGCUUGAUGCGAAUCUCGAAGGGUGACCGAUAUACAGCUAAUGUCAAGGAUUACAUUUUUGACAGUAUCGCCUUAUGUGCUGUUCAAUAUGAAGGAAUGUGGUAAAAAAAAAAACUGGUUUGUUCACUUUUUUCAGUUGCUUUUACCUUUUUAACCGGCUUGCUUUUGACAUGGGUGCUGUCUUCUUCUAAAUACAAUGAAAAGCAGAGUCCACACACAAAUGUCUCAUGCUGAAUGAAUGGUGUCUCAUAUUUGAUGUUAUUUUCAGCUCUCGUAGACCUGCAUUACGUCUGUGAAAGCACUGUGAACCGGUCUUUCUUUCUAAACCACUUCUUCUCAUGUCUCAGUCACUAUUCGAAUGUUGCAAUCUAUAAGAAUAGGCAAUGUUUGGGGUAUCACUUAGAGAGGGUUUUUCGUCCUGAAAGCUGUGCAGACACUUCCCUGUGAAAAAAAAAAAGAAGUAUUUA